CGAACGGUCGAAGUCAUAACCGGCAGCACAUUGUUUAUUGGUAAAAUUGAUAAUUAUAACUUGGCUGCCGUUUUAUUUUUUAAUUAACGACGAAAGUUGUUUCAAAAUGCAAUUAUCAAAAAUCAGAGUGGCGUAAUCAUUUAGGCAGUUCAUUUUUGUGACGUUGGUAAUAACAGGUGUAUUAAAGCCAGCAAUUGAAAAAAGCAAUAACUUUUUUUUUAUAAUAUAAGCUGUAUUUGUUACUACAAAGAUGACAAACCUAUUAGAUUUUAGUUCAAACCCUGAACUAUUUGCUUUGGAAGCUCUCGAAUAUAUUAAACAUAAAAAAAUUGAACAAUUUCUUACAACUGUGCAGCAUUUAAAUGACUGUUAUGACAAAGAAUUCGCCAAGUUACAGAAGUUUGCAGAAUAUUGCAUAAAAGAUAUUUUAAUUUUGCUUCAAACUUCUUUGAAUAAUGCAAGUUUUGAAUAUUUGUUAUGGAGCUCUCUAAAUUUAACUCUUUUUUCUCCAAUUGCACAAAAAUAUGUUUGGAGAGAUAAAACUGUUCUUGUUUCUUUUAAAACUGCUUUGUUGUUAGCAAAUCAAACAAAUAAUGGUAAGCUUGUAAAAGCAACCACAAAUUUUUUAUCUUCUGCACUUGUUGGUGCUCCAGAUGACUUCUUUGAAAAAAUUCAUGAACUUAGAAUCAUUGUAAGUUUAUUAUCUGUUUUAAGUAAUAGUUCAAAUUAUUCAGAAGAAUCUUUAAAGUCAAUCAUUUGUUGCUUUGGCUUGUUAUGUGAUGGUACACAAAAUUGUAAAAAAGACCUUGUUGAUCUUGAUGUUGGCAAGUUUGUUCUUGAUAUCGGAGAAAAGUAUGCAUUAGAUGAGGAUUUCAAUGAACUAGCAGCAUUGACUUAUGAUGAUAUUAUAUUUUUAAAGCAAGAUGGACGAACUAUAGGCAGGCAAAAGUUUAUAAAGUCUCAAAUAGGUAGAAUUUUGAUGUGUUCUAACUUAGAUUGCUUGCAAUUACAGAAAACAACCAAGUUUAAGAAAUGCUCCAGAUGUAAACUUACUGUAUAUUGUUCGAAAAGCUGUCAAGUAGUACACUGGAAGAUGUAUCACCAUAAAGUUUGUUCAGUUUAAUAUUGCUUUUUUAUAUAUCUUUAAUUGUAUGAUAUUUUUAGUUGUAUGAUAUCUUUAAUAUUGAGUAAAAUUGUAAUAAGUUGGCCACUUUGCAGAAAGAAUAAAAAGACUAAAUAUAUAUUGACUAUAUAAAAAAAUGUAUAUAAAAUUUAUUUUUGAAAGUCACAAUUUAAUCUUCUUUUAAAUUAUUUUUUUUAAU